GCUGUGACAUGUCCUCUGGCUUUUAGAGCUGCCCUCAAUCAGACUGUCAGAAUUUGCCAGAAGAACAAAAAGAUGGGUUUGUCUCUUCUCUGCUUUAGCCUCCUCUUCAUCAUCCUCUGCACAGCAGAUGGAUACGAGCAUUACACUUCAUCCCGCUGCCUGUUUAACUCCACCGAGCUUAGGGGCAUGGAGUACAUCAGAUCUUACUAUUACAACAGCCUAGAGUAUGCCAGGUUUGACAGCAGUGUGGGGAAGUUUGUUGGAUACACUGAAUACGGUGUGAAGUAUGCGGAGAUGUGGAACAACGAUCAGGGACAGCUCGCUUUCAUGAGAGCCCAGAAGGAGAAAAAUUGCAAACCAAACAUUGACCUUUGGUACCAAAGUGUUCUGACAAAAUCAGUGAAACCAUCAGCAAGUCUUCACUCCAUGAUGCCCUCUGGUAAUCACCAUCCUGCCUUGUUGGUGUGCAGCGUCUAUGACUUCUACCCCAAACAGAUCAAAGUGAGCUGGAGGAGAAACGGACAGGAAGUAACCUCUGACAUCACUACAACUGAAGAGAUGGCAAAUAGCAAUUGGCUCUACCAGAUCCACUCCCACUUGGAGUACACACCCAGGUCUGGAGAGAAGAUAUUCUGUGUAGUGGAGCAUUCCAGCCUGGAGAAACCUGUGAUUACUGACUGGGUCCCGUCCAUGUCUGAAUCCAAGAAAUUGAUGAUCGUUGGAGCCUUUGGGCUGAGUCUGGGUCUGGUCUUUUUCCUGGCUGGAGUCAUCUACAUGAAGAUGAGUCAAGCUCAGAGCUUGAAGAAACCUCAGAAGGAAAUGUUCUACAAACUUGACUCUGAGCUCUACACAAUUGUUUCAUAUACGUCGGUGAUGAUUCCCCAUGAUGGUCAUCAUCCUGCCAUGUUGGUCUGCUCUGACAUCACUACUGCGAAUGCAAUGGCAGCAGCUGAUUGGCUUAAGAAGACUUUACAAGACCACAUGGAGCCCAGGGGAGUCACUGUCAGCUCUGAGUGCAGGUAG